AUGAGGCAAGGCGAGACAUUUGGGGAUGUACAAAACUCUCUUGUGAGAGAUGAUUCCAUGGGUGAUAAUGCUCCCUCGUCUCUGCUGAGGAUCAGGCUUCAAAGUCGAGUUUUGACUUGGGGAUGGACGGACCGAAGCCCCUACGAGUACGACAACUUCAACGCAAAUGUCCUCUUCGAAGACGGAUUUGUUCACGCGUGGAGUUCGACGAAGGGUGGUCAAGCCUCGAACGAUCCUCCCGGCUCGUAUGAGCUUCCUUUUGUCCGCGGAGGAGGAAAUUUGCGGCAGAGGAUGGAGAUCGGAGUGUCGAGGCAAUGGCCUCGUCCGAUGCUUCGUUGGAAGGCGGGAAUACGGACGAGAAGAGGAGCGAUUCAUGACAUCUUUCCUAUAUCUCCCCUCGAGCAUCUCGUUGGGGUCCGGGAGGAAAGAAGGAGGAUGGCAGCCCAAACGUACAUUGUCAGCCUGUUGCUACUGGUCUGCUCGCAGUGGUCAUCGGUGGAUGGCCAGUGUGGCGGGAACUUCACGGAGCCCACGGGAAACAUCUCUUCACCCAAUUACCCUGAUGAGUAUCCCAACAACGCCUUCUGUGUGUAUGAAAUCAACGUGGAACCAGACAACGGGAUCGAACUCACUUUCGUCGAUUUCCAACUCGAGGGAUGCCCAUCGGAUACUGUAGAGGUUUUUCAUCCUUCCUCGGGUUUAACGGAGAUUUUCUGCAGGGGGUCCCAUCCCACCUGCCCGAUUCUCGAGCUAUCCAAUUCUCUCGUCGUCACAUUUCAGUCGGACGACUCCAUCACGUACAGAGGAUUCCUUGCCGAGUACCUGUCCUUCCCGCAGUCAUGCGAUAUAAGUGCAGGCUGGCUAUUUCACGGCGGACAGUGCUACUUCUACGUCGACGAGCCGAAGACUGCUCUCGAGGCCCAGCAGGACUGCCAGGGAAUCGAGGGGAACCUCGUCAGCAUUCACAACGACGAGGAAAACGCAUUCAUCGGUGGCAUCGCUCGAAACGCUCCGCUGUGGCUCGGGCUCCAGAGACAGGGCUCGACUUGGGAAUGGCUGGACGGAACCCCCUUCGACUACGACAACGUCAACCCGAAUUUCCUCUUCGAUGAUGAGUAUGCGAUCAUGUGGAAGGAUGAAUGGGGCAACGACGAUUGCGGCGAAUCCAAGCCCUUCGUCUGCCGUCUUCGGGCGGACGAAUGCCCGGAUUCGACCUGGCGCCAGGAGGGUCUCGAUUGUUUCCUCGUCGUCAGGGAUUCCCUCCCGUUCGCUUCCGCCGUUUCGUAUUGCGAAAACACAAGCCCGCCAUCGACGCUUUUGACGGUGCCGGACGACGCGAAUUACCAAUACCUCGUUGCUUUCGUUCUCAACGGCUUGGAGCCAGACGACGACACGGAUUUCUGGAUCGGGAUCGAGAGGCAAGGAUCGACCUGGAGCUGGAUCGACGACACCGCGUCCGAAUUGGCCAACUGGGCUCCGGGUUACCCUCUUGAGGAUUCUGGAAAGGAUUGCGCCACCAUCACCCUCAGUUCUUGGGACGAUUUCCCCGGCUAUUUUGCCUUCCCCUUUGUUUGCAAGAAAGUCCUUUCACGGCGACCUAAUUGAAAUCGGGACGGGA